UGCUCGUUUCUUAUCUGAUUGUGUGCUGCGAGGUCCCCCUUCAUUCUCAGGGUCUGGGAGUCACUGCGGACCUAAAAUCCCAGCACCCGGCCCUCCGGCCACGUAAGUCCAGGCGGCGCCUUUCUAGGUCGGGGAUCUUUUCCUUUGGGUUUGAAACCGCUGAAGCUCCUCCCUGCCCUUGGUUUUUCUGCCUUCCGUCCACGGAGACACCGCCUUUCGUGUUAUUUUCCUUCAUGGGACCUUUUAUUCUUUCCACCCCCCUAUGAAGAGUCCUCUUUCGCGAGGUGGACUCGCGCCCCCAGCCUCGCCCUCUCUGUCCCUGGAGGUCAGCGCCGGCCGCCCCGCUCCCGUGAGGCCGCGUCCUCUCCCGGGUCCCUGGAUUCUGGGGAGCCCGGCCUUCUCCUGAGACCCCCUCCCUCCUAGCCGCUCUGUCCUCGCGUCCUCCUCAGGCCGGUCCUGUUCCGCGGGUUUCCUCUUCGUAGUCAGCCCUUCCCCCAUCCCGCUAGGAGAAUGUGACCUGGGCCAGCCAUGUUACCUCCAGUGUAAUUCCGUGUAAAUCACAUCCAUUGGAAAAUGGUCUCUUUCGGUGGGGUCGGGGGGUGCGUUUUAUUCCGUUGCCAACCCUUUAAAUACGUGGGUGAGGGGAAUUAGGAGAAGCAGACAGAAGAAGACAAGAGGGAUAUCAAAAGAGAACGACUGAGAGGGAAAUAGAAAUACUGAGAAGGAGAAAAGAAUGAUGAAAAACCGAUGGGGUUGUUGAGGAUGGCUGAGGCACUUGCAAAGCGAUAGUAAAAUGAAAUAGACUUAGACCUUAAAGUAGCAGGUGGAUAAAAUUAAGUAGCAGGUGAAUACAAUAGAGAAGGAAAUAAAGGCGCGGGAUCUCUAGGCGUUGGAGUGCCGUGGAGGGAGAGGGGCCCUGGGUCAGCGGUAAGGCGGAAGAGGGCGGGGGAAGGGUAAUCAUGAUGAGGCAUUUCGCACACUGAGUGGGGGAGAGGAUAGGACAGUUGGAGUCCUGGCCUUCAGAACAUCGUGGUCCUGGGAGAGAAACAGAGGACAGCUAUUGGAAGAGGAGAGAGAGCAGGGAAGAAGCAUAGCCACCUGGGGUGCGAGAGAGUGGGAAGGACGGGAGGGUCAAAGGAUAAAAAGGGUGUAACUCGGAGGGUGAAGGAGAUUUAGCAUGAAAACUGUGGGUGUGCUUGCUCGCGGGACAUCUCACGGAAGUGGCCGGACUUGUCUACAAACAGAAUUUCCUGCCAGGUGACUCUGCCCGUUCCCAGGGGAAACAUUGCUUGCAAACAGGGAUGUUUACCAGUUCCUCAAAAGGAACAGGCCUGGGAACGGGAGGGUCUGGAUGUAGUUAAGGAAGCUUAGCAUUCUUAAGAUAAGGAAUAAGAAGAGUGUCUUAGAUGUAGUGCGCAUGCGUCAAUUUAAAAAAAUGCUUACUCACUGUGCUUGGCAAGAGUUACUCCUUUGUGUAGAUGGUAUAAAAAAUAAAGGAACCCGAAUCUCGGGAGACAUUUUGCACCGCAACCGCUUUGUGCUUCAUUUCGUGGGCAACAGAGGGUAGAGAGGGAGCAGAGAUCGGAGGAAGAAAGAGGCAGAAAUGUGUGGUGAUUCAGGACCAUCAGAAAGGUUGGGGAGAAAGAGCAGCAAGAUAGGGAACACGUUGCAAAGUGAGGCAGAACAAGAGUGAGGGAAGAAAUAGGAGGGCAGCAGGAACAAGAGGAGAAUAGAGGAAAACAGAGAGAGGGAGACAGAUAAAGAAUGAACCCGGAACACAGUAGUGCAGGUCAGAGGGGGAGAGUGGAUGCAGAUGGGAGACUGACCUUUAAAGACUCAUGUUGUCUGAGGAUGAAGCCCAAAACAGGAGGAAGAGGACAGAAAAGAAGUCAGAAAUGGCUAUUUCUCAGGAAGGGUUGACAUUCAAGGAUGUGGCCAUCGAGUUCUCCCAGGAGGAGUGGGAGUGCCUGGUCCCUGCUCAGAGGGCCUUGUACAGGGACGUGAUGCUGGAGACCUGCAGGAACCUGCUGUCUCUGGAUCUCUCUCCUAUGCAUGUGAUUAAGCACUUACAACCGAAAGCAAACAAUGAUACAGGGGAAGUACUCCAAACAGUGAUGUUGGGAAGUCCUGAAAGUCAUAAGAUCAAGCACUUCCACCUCAGGGAAAUCCAGGAAAACACGUAUGACCUUGAGUGUUGGUGGAGAGAUGACGUAAGAUGUCACAAAGGAAUGGGUGUAGCCCAUAUGGAAGAUCUCACAGGCGGAAGAGGUCGACCUGACAGAAGGGAUACGGGAAUCAAGCCCAUUGGAAAUAGGCUUGGAUUAAACGUUCAGGAUGAGCUGCACAUACUUCUUACUGAAGGGCUAAUUUCUGAAUGUGAUGAAGCUGAGAAGUCUGUCAGCAGUAGUUUCUCGUUUUCACCAUUUCAAAGACUUCCUCCUAGUGUCCAAACUGAUGUGUCUAAUAUACAUGGGAGUGAUUUUAUGCAUCCUUCUGUGAUGACACAACACCAGAAAGCACACAGGGAAAGACCUCACAGACGUGACGAGUGUGGGAAAAGCUUUCUCAGGGUCUCACACCUCACCAGAAAUCAGAUCACCCAUACUGGAGAGAAAUUAUAUCAGUGUGAUGUAUGUGACAAAUUCUUAAGUCGAAAUUCACAGCUUGUACGUCAUCAGAAGAUUCACGGUGGGAAGAAAGGUUAUAAAUGUAAUGAGUAUGGCAAAGCCUUUAGUGAUGACUCCACCCUCACCAGACGUCAGAUCAUCCACCCAGGAGCGAAAUUACAUAAAUGUGAUGUGUGUGCCAAAGUCUUUAGUUGAAAUUCAUACCUUGCAAAUCAUUGGAGAGUUCAUACUGGAGAGAAAGCUUUCCAAUGUAACGAGUGUGGCAAAACCUUAAUCGCUGCUCAAACCUUUCUAGACAUCAGACAGUUCAUACAGGAAAGAUAUUAUAUAAAUGUGAUGUGUGUGCCAGUGUCUUUAGUUGAAAGUCAAACCUUGCAGAUCAUUGAGAAUUCAUACUGGAGAGAAACGUUAUAAAUGUAACGAGUGUGGCAAGCUGUUUAAUUACAGUUCACACCUUACAACCCAUCGGAGAAUUCACACUGGAGAGAAACCUUACAGAUGUAACG